GUGUGUGUGUGUGAUGCGGGGGGAGAGGGAAAGGGAGAGGGCGAAGGGAAGAACAUCCCUGUAGGAGGCAGCUCCCUUUCAGAUAGGAAUCUGGGACAGAUUUUGCCAGCAGCCACAAAGCAUGGCCCUUUGGUAAUAGAAUAGCCAAUGUAAUUUGACACUUCAACUUGCUGUGCUCUCUGCUAGUUGAUUCACUUACUCACCCACUAACAUUGAGCUCCUUUUCACUGUCUGUGGGCAAGGGGAAAAAAAAAGGGGGGGGGAAGGAAGAAAAAAGAAAGCGGGGGGAGAAGGAAGAAAGGAAGGGAAUAAACAAAAUUAUAUAUUUAAAAAUACCCAAGUAGAGCUGCAAAUCAGUUGGGGAGAGAGGAUUUUGCCUGCCUUCUUCCUUAUUAUUUUGCUGCUGCAAGGCUGCUUUGCAAUCCGUAGGAAAUACUGUUGUGCUGAGGAAGAAAACAACUCCCUCUUCUUUUUUUUUUUUCCUUUUUUUUUUUCUUCCCCCUCUUCCCUCCCCUCCUUUCUUCUUGCCUGAAUUAGAAGCUCCAGGAAUGUGCUAAUUGGCGGCGGCCUCUUCAGAAAGGAAAAUGGAUCUUGUUAUGUGAGGGCGUUGAGGAAACAGUCCCCAGCUACCGAGAGGAAGAAAGGCCAGUAGGAAAUAUUCAGAUCGAGGGAUUUUAAUGGCUUUCAGGUAGAAGAAAGUGGAGACAAUCAAAAUGAAUUCUAUGGACAGGCACAUACAGCAGACCAAUGACCGGCUGCAGUGCAUAAAACAGCACUUACAGAACCCGGCAAACUUCCAUAAUGCAGCAACAGAGCUCCUGGACUGGUGCGGAGACCCCAGAGCCUUCCAGAGGCCGUUUGAGCAGAGCCUGAUGGGUUGUUUGACGGUGGUUAGUCGAGUGGCAGCUCAGCAAGGAUUUGACUUGGACCUUGGAUACAGGCUACUGGCAGUAUGUGCAGCCAACAGGGACAAAUUCACUCCAAAAUCAGCUGCACUGCUUUCAUCCUGGUGUGAGGAGCUGGGACGGCUCUUGCUGCUUCGCCACCAGAAAAGCCGGCAGAACGAUCCUCCAGGGAAGCUACCCAUGCAACCCCCCAUGAACUCUAUGAGCUCCAUGAAACCCACCCUCUCUCAUAGUGAUGGGUCUUUCCCUUAUGAUUCUGUCCCCUGGCAACAAAAUACCAACCAGCCUCCAGGCUCUUUAUCAGUGGUCACCACAGUAUGGGGUGUGACUAACACCUCUCAAAGCCAGGUGCUGGGAAAUCCAAUGGCAAAUGCUAACAACCCUAUGAACCCAGCAGGAAAUCCCAUGGCUUCUGGGAUGACAACCAGCAACCCUGGAAUCAACUCCCCUCAGUUUGCUGGACAACAGCAACAGUUUUCAGCCAAGGCAGGCUCCACUCAGCCAUACAUACAGCAGGGCAUGUAUGGGCGACCCAAUUAUCCUGGGAGUGGAGGCUUUGGUGGCAGUUACCCUGGAGGCCCAAAUACCCCUGCAGGAAUGGGGAUCCCCCCCCACACGAGGCCACCAGCUGAUUUCACCCAGCCAGCUGCAGCUGCUGCCGCUGCUGCAGUUGCAGCUGCAGCUGCUACAGCAACAGCUACAGCUACGGCCACUGUGGCAGCCCUUCAGGAAACACAGAAUAAGGACAUGAACCAGUAUGGACCGAUGGGUCCAACUCAGGCUUACAACAACCAGUUUAUGAACCAGCCUGGUCCUCGUGGUCCUGCUUCUAUGCCAGGCAACAUGAACCCAGCAAGCAUGGGAGCUGGAAUGACACCUUCCAGCAUGAGCGGGCCACCCAUGGGCAUGAACCAGCCUCGGCCUCCUGGAAUGAGUCCCUUCAGCACCCAUGGGCAGAGGAUGCCUCAGCAAGCCUACCCAGGCCCUCGCCCCCAGUCUUUGCCUAUACAGGGCAUAAAGAGACCCUACCCAGGAGAGCCAUCAAGGCCUGUACCUGUGGCAAAUUACCCUCAUUCACCUGUUCCAGGAAACCCCACACCACCUAUGACACCAGGGAGCAAUAUUCCUCCAUACCUGUCACCUAACCAGGAUGUCAAACCGCCAUUCCCACCUGAUAUUAAACCAAAUAUCAAUGCUUUACCACCGCCUCCAACCAACCACAACGAUGAACUGCGUCUGACGUUUCCCGUGAGAGAUGGGGUUGUCCUGGAGCCCUUCCGGCUGGAACACAACCUGGCAGUCAGUAACCAUGUCUUUCACUUACGGCCAACUGUCCAUCAGACACUGAUGUGGAGGUCUGACUUGGAGUUGCAGUUCAAGUGCUAUCACCAUGAAGACAGACAAAUGAACACAAACUGGCCAGCUUCAGUCCAGGUCAGCGUUAAUGCAACCCCACUUACCAUCGAACGUGGUGACAACAAGACAUCUCAUAAACCUCUGCACCUAAAGCACGUCUGCCAGCCAGGAAGAAACACGAUUCAAAUUACAGUCACAGCAUGUUGUUGCUCACACUUGUUCGUGUUGCAGUUGGUACACCGGCCAUCAGUUCGCUCUGUACUUCAAGGUCUACUAAAGAAACGCCUCCUCCCAGCAGAACAUUGUAUCACCAAGAUAAAGAGGAACUUCAGUAGCGUGGCAGCUUCCUCUGGCAACGCAACACUAAAUGGGGAAGAUGGAGUAGAGCAAACUGCUAUUAAAGUGUCUCUGAAGUGUCCGAUCACAUUCCGGCGGAUUCAGCUCCCAGCAAGGGGUCACGAUUGCAAGCAUGUACAAUGCUUUGAUCUGGAAUCUUACUUGCAACUGAACUGUGAAAGAGGAACUUGGAGGUGUCCAGUAUGCAAUAAAACUGCUCUUCUGGAGGGCUUGGAGGUUGACCAGUAUAUGUGGGGUAUUCUGAACGCUAUACAAAACUCCGAGUUUGAAGAAGUUACCAUUGAUCCAACUUGCAGUUGGAGGCCGGUCCCUAUAAAGUCAGAUAUUCACAUCAAAGAUGACCCAGAUGGCAUUCCCUCAAAAAGAUUUAAGACCAUGAGUCCAAGCCAGAUGAUCAUGCCAAAUGUAAUGGAGAUGAUUGCAGCUUUGGGUCCUGGCCCAUCACCUUACCCAUCCUUACCCCCUCCUCCAGGAGGCAACAACUCCACUGAAUAUGGUAACCAAGGCAACAGUUACCAAGGUCAUGGCAAUUUUGACUUCCCACACGGGAAUCCUGGUGGCACAUCUAUGAAUGACUUCAUGCAUGGGCCACAGCUGUCGCAUCCCCCUGACAUGCCAAGCAGCAUGGCAGCUCUCGACAAGCCUCUCAGUCACCCCAUGCAGGAAUCUAUCCCUCAUCCCGGCAGCACUGAUCAGUCCCAUACUUCCAUGCAGCAAGGUUUGCACGUCCCUCACCCCAGCAGCCAGUCAGGGCAGCCAUUACAUCACAGCGGGCCUCCUACCCAGCAGUCCCGGCAGCCACCCCCGGCCGCUUCUAGCAACCAUCCACACAGUGACCUGACCUUUAAUCCCUCCUCAGCCUUAGAGGGUCAGGCUGGUGGACAGGGAGCACCCGACAUGCCGGAGCCCUCGCUGGAUCUGCUUCCAGAACUCACAAAUCCAGAUGAGCUGCUUUCAUACCUGGAUCCUCCUGAUUUGCCAAGCAAUAGCAAUGAUGACCUUCUGUCUCUCUUUGAGAACAACUGAAACCAUAUGUAUUCUCCCAUCCCUUUCACUUGUUCACACGUGUGUGGCUGCACAGCAAGGAAUCUUAACACUCCUUUUCCACAAGAGAAGAAAAAAAAAAACUCACAACUUGAUCCAAUGGUGCACUCCCUGCUUUCUUCAUCUCAGAACUGCUUUUGUUAGCUUCAAAGACUGCGAAAGUGACGGGAGAAAAUAAUACAAAAAUUAAAUAAAUGCAGUAAUCUCCGAGUCUGCCAUGCUACAUGUGACAAAGAAGCAUAGACAGUUGUGCAGCUAUUGGAAACCCCAUUUGGUGUUCAUCCUUGAGAGAGAGAGUUAUGUGAUAAACAUAGUGUGAAGUAUCUUGGCAAAACCGAAUCUUGGCAAGGGAAGAAAAGGCAACAAAAUGGAACUGUCUUUAAUUGACCAGUCUCAGAGUGUCCUUACAAUGCUUUGUUCUUCCAUUUUUUUGAAACUGUAUCUCCUUCUACCCCACCUCUCCUCUGCCCCCCUCCAGCCACAGGUUUGCGUUGGAGUGAUUGUCCUGGCCACACACAAAAAGAAAAAAAAACACAUGUAAAGCUCAAAAAAGCACAAAUCCUACAGUCAAGUGGCAAAGAUAGGGAAGACAUACAGGCCUGUUAGAGGGAGCCAGCAGUUUAGUUAAUGCAACUUCAGUAGCAGAGCCCUGAGCAUCUCCAGGCUGCAACUGUGGGUGUGGGUAUUUCUGCAAGCACAGGGAUCUUAACCAUCUCUUUGCAGAGGAUUCCUCUGGCCAAGCACACAGAUUGGAAACACCCAGGAAAAAUUAAAAAAAAAAAAAGAGUUUGCAAUGUGUAGGGAUUUUUUUGUGGUUUUGAUUUCAAAUCAGUACCGUUUCUGGCUGCAUUAACAUCCAGCUGUAGAGAUUGCUGUAACAGAUCUUUUUGCCAUGUAUGCCAUCUGUAAUGGAAAAGAGAGGGAGGGGGGAUGCAAACCAAACUGUUCCUGAUUAUUACCUACAGCCUUCAGUGCCCCGAGAGUUUGUGUCACUGUCUGUACUGCACAAUGCAUAGUAAGACAAGCUGGGUUGAAGGCAGCGAGGAAAUCAUUGCAGGAUGGAGGGAGAGUAAUAUCACUAUCUGCAUAAUUAUUUUUAAUAAUCAGCUUGAGAAGGGGCAUUGACAUUGGACAGACAUUUUGCAGCUUCAUUUUUGUUUUGCUUUGUGUUCUGUUUUCGUGACUGUUACAGAUACUUCAGCAUUUUCCUUUUCUCCUCCUUCAGUUUCUUUUUUUAAACUUUGGCUGCUGGAAUGAGCUCUUUCUCCUGAAGGACCGGGAGUGGGGAGAAUAAGUAACUGUCAGUAGGUUGCUACUGCCCUCAAGAGACCCUGCUGCCACAAUCACUGUCUUGCCCCCGUGAUCUGUGCUUCUCGUGUGGUUGCUGCUCCUGCAUGAGCUUCAUAUUGCUUCUGUGCCCAUUUCUGUGCUCUUUGUCUCUCUCUCUCUUUCUCUCUCUUAUAAAUGAUGUACAGUAGCUGUGUAAGAAGUGCAUGUGUGCCAACUUUGCCCUCGUGGUGCAACAUUUCAGCUUUUGCCCACUGUACAGUUAUUGGUUUUGUUUCUUUUUGUUACUAAAGCAAAUUUGACCCUACUCCUUUUCCUCUUCCCAAAUCCAAUCAAACACCUUUCGUUUGCUCGCCACAAUACGUUUUAAACUGAAGUGCCAGGCAAAAUUUUGUUUGUUCCUGUCAGUUUGACUAGAUAGCUUCCUAGCCCUCUCUGUGUUUAGUUUGCAACGCUGUAAAUGGCAUGCUCUGUGCUUACGACUCUGGAUUUGCUUUCCUCACCAAAGUCACAUUUGUAAAUUCUUUGUGGUUUUUGUUUUAUUUUGCUCUUUUUGUUAACGUCUCCCACUACUGCUGUACAUGCGUCGUGAUAUAUAUAUGCUAGUCAGCAGCACCUUGCUGUAGAUAUUAAAGGAAAUGGCGGUUUAGUUCUUUUAUUUUCCAGUAGGAGUAUUGAAUCUGUCAAACGUAUUAUGUAGAGAUGGUCCCACACUUAUAUUUUUCCUCUUUCAAGUUUUUUUAAGAAAAGCGCUGUUCAUUAUGCAAAAUCAAUUAUUUUAAGAAUUGCUAUUGUAAAUAUCUUUGUGAAUAUUUUAGUAUCGUCUUUGAUAAUAUUCAACAUUUUCAUGAUCUGGUUAUACUUUUGCUGGUGUUUUUAAAUACCUUGUCUGAAGAAAAAUAUGGGUCCUUUUUUAAAAAAGAAAAUUGAGGGUUCUUUAACAGAAUAAGGGAGUUGGGUUUUUGUUUGGUUUUUUUUGCCCCCCUUGUUUUCUUUUGAUAAGUUAGCCCAAAUUUCAUAUCCAUUUAUGUGUGAACAAAUUGAUACAUCAGGCAGUACCUGGAUAGUCAGGGCCCAGCUCUGUCGUGGAAACAUAAUAAUAAGUGAUUGCCCUGGGAAAAAGAAAGCCCAACUAACUGACCGAUGUUCAUUGGCUGUGGGUGAUCAUGAGCUGGUAAUGGCAGAGGUUUUGUUUGUUUGCCCAAGUGAGCAAAACACCUUGGACCAGCUGUCUGACCAGGUAAAGAUGCACUAAGGCAAGCAGCACAUCUGUAAGGUACCAUAUUUAUGUCACUGUACUGGUUCUUUGGUCUCUGAAACUGGGGCACAGUAACACUUUGGGAUGUUGGUGGGUGGGGGAGGGAAACAGUAUAGUAUAUUUUAUUCUGCUUAGAAGUGUCUUUUUUCUUAUGUAGGCUUGACAACCUGUAGAGGAUCUCUGCAGAAUAUUAAAGAUACCUUGGUGUAAUACAUGGUAAUAUGGUUGUGGUGUGGUCCUGCUAUCACACAAUUCCUAAGAAAGAUCGUUCUUCAGUUGCGGAUACAGAUGUGUUUUGUAGCCAUUUUACUGUAGUAGUUUCCCCCCGUUUUUUCCUGCAUUUUUUAUAUAGGUAUUGAGGUCAUUUGCAGGGGUGGCUAAUGAUAAACUGACUUUGUGCCCUUAGAGUUCGGGUUUUUUUGUUUGGGGGGUAAGUUUCUUAAGCCAUAGGUUUGGGAAUAAAGAAGAUUUCUCACUAUUAGUUGGAACUGGCUGCUCAGAUUUUUUUAAUUGAUUCUAUUUAAUGUUCCAUUCUCCACUGAUUCCUGAGCAGCUAAGUUAGUCACCUGAAAUGAAUUUUCUCUUAAACACAACAUUAGUAUUUUAAACCAGGUAUGUUAAGGAUUGAUCUUUUGCUAACUGGUAGUAUUUAAAAUGUAUCAUUUAAAAGUACCUGUUGGAAAGCGUAAAGGGAAAAAAAAACCCAUAGAUAUUAGCAAUAUGUUUGGAGCAGCGUUGGCAUCUGCUUUGUACAGUAAUAGAUAAUUAAAGCGGACAGUUGACAUUUUUAACUUACAGAAACGUUUGGUUUCUAAGCAGAACUUAAGAGAGAAAAUACAAUUUUUACCCAUCACCCAAAUGUUGGACAUUUGAGACAGUUUUAAAACUUGUCUGUCAGCUAAAAUCAGGUACUGUAUAGUCAGUAUGAAAAAGCUUCUAAAUGAAAAUUUAGUUAUUUUUUUAUCUGUUCACUGCCAUGUUAAAGUUUAGAGAAAAAAACCUAGCAAAUAGGAUAAUCACAGUCAUUUCUUUUAAAGCUUAAUUAUUAUAUGAGAUUCCAGUAGUAUUUUUAUUCUUCUUUUUUUGUUUGUUUACUUUUUAAUCGUUUCCCUAUGGAAGUUCAUCUGGGAAAGAACCCACAGAGAUCUACAGUUCUGCUGCCAAGACAUUACUAAUAGGACUGACAGAUACACGCCAGUGUCUGCAGCGGAGACUCAAGGGACAGCUGUACAUAUGUAAAUGACAAAUAGAGACAUGUUAACAGAAAUGCAUUCAUUUUCCUUGGAAUGUGCAUUGUUUUUAUUUCGCAGGAAAAUAAAAAGCUUGAAGCUCCAUCUUAUGUGGAAAAUGAAUCCUGUUUGUUAGCGUUUGUGGAGUCUCAGCAUUUGUUUCACUUUCACUUCUGUAAUAUACUCUGAUCCUUUGUUUUGUUUUGUUUUAUCUACAUGUAAUAUUUAGCUUACGUGUACUAGUCUAUCACCUGUGUAUUUUUAGGGUGCUACAGAAAUAAUGAAGAAAAAUACGGGGAUUAAAAAAAAAAUUGUAACCAAAUUCAUACUUUGUACAAUUUUUGAUAUCACGAUCAGAGGGAGAAUUAAAAAAAAAAAAAGUACAAUCUGAGGUAACAUGCAAAAAUGGCCAUUGUCUUUGUUUGUACAUUGUAUGUACAGUACAAUGCAAUCAUUUCAUACUUUAAACUGGUCAGAAAAAAUAAUUGUGAUUUUUAGUCUUGCAAAACUGUAUGUAGUUAGAUGAUGUGACAACCUAAUAUUUAUCUAAUAAAUAUGUAUUCAGAUGAAACCUGUAUAUUAGGUGUUCAUGUGGUUAUUUUGUAUUUAAAGAUCAAAUUAUUUGACUAUUGCUAGACAUUUAUAUACUCUGUUGUAACACUGAAGUAUUCUCAUUUGCUCAUGUUAAAUUUUUUUUCCUAAAUAAAUUUGCAAAAUUAA